AUGUCUACCAAAGAAGUUCUUGUCUUAAGAGGAUCAUUAGAAGGUCACAACGGUUGGGUUACCUCAUUAGCUACCACCCCAGCUCAACCAGAUUUAUUAUUAUCAGCUUCCCGUGAUAAAACUUUAAUCACCUGGCAAUUAACCCGUGAUGAUCAACAAUAUGGUGUCCCAAAGAAAUCAUUAAAAGGUCAUUCACACAUUGUCCAAGAUGCUGUCAUCUCCCCAGAUGGUUUAUUCGCUUUAUCUGCUUCAUGGGAUAAAACUUUAAGAUUAUGGAACUUACAAUCUGGUGAAUGUUCCCAAAGAUUUGUUGGUCACAGUGGUGAUGUUUUAUCAGUCUCAAUUGCUAAAAACUCAAGACAAAUUGUCUCUGCUUCAAGAGAUAAAACCGUUAAAGUCUGGAACACCAUUGGUAAAUGUAUGUCCACUUUAGUUGGUCACUCUGACUGGGUUUCAUCAGUUAGAUUCUCCCCAGAUGAUGCUCCAACUGUUAUCUCAGCUGGUUGGGAUAAAUUAGUUAAAUCAUGGGAUUUAUCAAACUACCAAUUAACUGCUGAUUACAUUGGUCACACCGGUUACGUUUCAACCAUCACUAUCUCCCCAGAUGGAACUUUAGUUGCUUCAGCUGGUAAAGAUGGUCAAAUCAUCUUAUGGGAUUUGAACACCCAAAAAACUUUAUACACCUUAAACGCUGGUGAUGAAGUUCACGCUUUAGCUUUCUCUCCAAACAGAUACUGGUUAACCGCUGCUACUGCUUCAUCCAUCAAAGUUUUCAACUUGGAAGAACGUACCGUUGUUGAUGAAUUAAAACCAGAAUUCGCUACCUCAGGUAAAGCUAGAGAUCCAGAAGCUAUCUCAUUAGCUUGGUCCGCUGAUGGUCAAAACUUAUUCGCUGGUUACACUGAUUCUAUCAUCCGUGUCUGGCAAGUCAUGACCAGUAGUUAG